GGGCUAAGAAGUAGGAAGUGAAGAGUGAAAUCCUGCCCACACUGUGGAAUCUGAACACCAUCCGAAGAAUGUCCCAUUUCACUACCUGGAAGGUCUCCCAAGUAAGCAAAAGCUCGAUGCUGUAUGACAACGUCAGAGCUCCCCGUGAGAGGAGGAAGGAGAACAAGAAGGAAGACCUGCCUGAGGACCAGCUCCCGCCUCACAGCCAGAUGCUGCAGAAAGGGGAAGGGGCCCAGACCGUGGAUGGCAAAACAAAGGAAACAGGAGACAACAAGGCUGCUGAGGAAGGCCCUUCUCUUGGCAAAACAGACCCACGACAGGACGCCAAGGGAACAGACUGGAAGACCCCCCUGCGACCUGUGUAUCCACCUUUGGUCUCGAGUCCGAGAUCCACCAAAGCCGUGGGACGCAGCUGGGAGUUGUCACCUCCGGCGGCGAAGAGCUUCCGAAUGUAUGACGUGCACAUGGCCCACCUGCCCCAGCAGGGCCCUUUCCGGCACUCCGUGGACAUGAAGGCUGAGAAGAGACUGGCCGGUCGCAAGGAGCGCCGCAGCCGCUUUGGAGACAUCAACACGCACAAGUGCUAUCAGUUUGGGCAGAUCUUCUGCCCUUUCCAGGCCCUUGCAACCACGGUGAGCAAGCUUCUCUUCUGUACACGGUUAGGUUUAGAGGGAGAGCUGAGUGCAGAUGGCCUCAGCUGUGUUCAGAAACAUGGCCAAUUCCAGAGGAGGAAGAGGUCUGGGGAAAGGGGAUAUUUUUGUGAUAGAGGAAGAUGGUUCUGGUUCCUAUCCUUCUACCUCACCUGUUACCCUCUGCGCCCAGUUUUGAUCACAUUGUUUUUGGCCACCACGGCCCAACAUGGCUCCGAGGGUCACCAGGCCCACUCCCAGGUCCCCUCACAGGUGGCCGUGGUGACCACAGUCAUGGCAUCCUGUCUGUAUUACAGCUCUGUCCCCAGGCAGGCGGAGGAUUUCAUGCAGAAAGGCCGGCUCCGCAUGGGUGCCAAUGAGGGCUUCACCUCAGUGCUGCCCCACCUGGGCAUUGUGUUUUCUUUUACACGAGGUGUAGCCUUCCACCCAGACGCAAGCAGAGGUCACGCUCCGGACAAUUAG